GAGACGAGUACGAUCGACGCGUCAACGGAAAAUUUGGCAACGGCGGAGACGGUCGACGCAGGCGAUGAUUUUGCGAUGACUUUGGAAACACCGACGACCGUUGAGAGCGUGCUCGGCGACGACACGAGCUCGUUCGAUUUCGAUCCUGUCACGAUGGCUUCCACGAUAAUCGACAAUGUUACAGCUAUCGCGAGCGAAUCGACGACGGAGGAAUCGACGGUGACGGAAACCGAUUCCGUGGAAUCAACCUCGUCCAACUUUUCGAACGAUAUUUUGAAUGAAAAAUUGACCGACGAAUUGCCGACCGUCGUUUCUUGGCCGAGUUCAACGGCUUCCGUCGUCUCUCAAUCUAAUCGUAGAUUAGAGACGUACAAUAGGACGUAUUAUUUAGACUCGAAAUACGUGAGAAGGAAAUUCGUGGGCAGGCGACCAGUUGUUGCUCCUCCUUCCCCGGAAAAUUUUAACAGCAACGAUCGAAAUUCGAUCGUGGAAACUUCGAGUCACUUGGCCACGAGUGAAAAAAAUAAAUUGGAAGGUGUUUCGAAACGUAGAAAGAGUUUGUUCGUUCGUCGUAGACCGGUUUCCUCCACAACCACUUCGAGAACGACGAUCAACGAUGACGACGAGGAGAGAGAUCCACGGCUCGAUACGGAAGAAAUUACUUUGAGAAACGAUGAUGAAACUUCGUAUCCCACUGCUCCGCCCAUCGAUCAGGAAUCGGAAGAAUUUUCGAAUCGCUACACCACUACCUCAUCGAUUGUCGAAAAACUGUCGUCUCCUUUGGCGAGUCCACCAAACGCGACAUUCGACGAGGAUACCUCUUCGAUACACGAGAACGAGGAUCGAACACAUGGGUCUAACGAUCGAUCGCCAGAGAUUCGUCCUCGAUACCGAGUUCCAGUGUUCAUCAAGAAAACGUUGAGCAUCGAAAACGUUUAUCCUCUGGAUUCGAACGAAUCCGAAGAAGCGAACAAUCCCAGAUCUAGGUAUCAAAAUUUUCGUCAACCGAGAACACGUUACAAGUAUAGAGAGAUAAGGAGGAAUCGAGACAGCGAAGAAGAGUCGAUUGCGGAUGCCACGCAAUCGCCCAGCUACGAUUCCUCGACGCAAGUGAGAACGCGCUUCUACGCGAGACGCCCAGCAGUUUCUACCACAGAGACACCUGUCACCGAGACCUUGAUACCGGCGAAAAAGUUUGACUACGCGGCGGAUGCUCACAGAAGGCAGCAACAAUCGCUGCGAACGACCACUCCUCGCAUUCGGAACGAAGAUUCGACCAUUUUGACGAAUUCGAACGAAGAACGAGCAGAGAUUCGAAACUUGGUCGUCGAAGAGGAUUAUACGACCACGCCUUCUCCCCAACCGCUGAUAACGAGACUUGUCACGUCCGUCGAGGAAUCUGGCACCACGGAAAGGCAAAAGAUUCUGAUUAAAACCAAGUACUCCUCGCUUACUUCUACCACGAAAAUUCCUCUUCAGACCACGGUCGUUCCACUGGAACAUCCAGUCGUCACGUCAUCCUCGAUCCCCGGAAUAACGUUGGAAAGAUCCGAUGUGGACGAAUCGAUGAAUGAAAUUCGACAAAGUCACAUGGAAACAUCUACCUUGCCCAUAGAGAGCGAAUUCCUUUAUCCGUCACGAUUCACCACCGAGUCUCACGAAUCGUCCACGAUCGAGAUCGAAUCGGUGUUCAGCAAUUUGAUCGGAAACAGGGACUUCGCCAAGUGAUAUCGCAUCUUAUCGAAGAUUCCACCAUUCGUCAUUAAUUAAUAAUGUACAUAGACGCAAUUAUCCUUAUCACGCAUCAUUAAAAAUUUACCAGAUAUUUAAUAUGGAUUAUUAAUCGAGAGAACUCUCCUCUUGCCCUCCUUCGAAUCAUCGAGUCAAAUACAUUUUAACCGAUUCACCGUUUGUGCGACGAUCUCUCGGUUACGAGAGGCAAAUGAUGUAACGAGAAUCUGUAUGGAUUUGCGAACGCAGAGGAUCGUCCGCUUUCUUUACCUUCUCUCUCCCUCUCUUGCGCUUUAGGACGAGAAGGAAUUGGCAAGAAUAACCGAAAGAAAGAGAGAGAUCGAAGAGAAAGAUUUCGGAAGAUCGUCAUUAAGCGUACUACCCUCUUCUGAUUUUCAGGUG